CAGGUCUGCGCCUGCGCAAACGCAGCGGUCCCGCCUCUUGCACGGCGUCUGCGCACCGGGGCAACUGCGCAUGUGUCAGUGGUCAUAGACAGUUUGUGAAAUGAGUGAUUCAGAAGAUGAUGAUAUACCCCAGCUCUCUUCCCACGCCUUAGCAGCUCUCCAGGAAUUUUAUGCUGAGCAGAAGCAAUCCAUCAACCCAGGGGGGGAUGAUAAAUAUAAUGUUGGGGUAAUAAAGGAAAACUGGCAGCUGAGCCAGUUCUGGUACAGUCAGGACACUGCUUUGCGGCUUGCACAGGAAGCGAUCGCUGCUGCUGGAGAAGGUGGCAGAAUUGCAUGCCUGAGUGCACCCAGCGUGUAUCAGAAGCUCCGGGAGCUGCAUGGCGGGGACAUCUCUGUAUACAUCUUUGAGUAUGACAAAAGAUUCGCCAUAUAUGGGGAGGAAUUUGUCUUCUAUGAUUACAACAGUCCACUGGACUUACCCGGAAGAAUCACCGAGCACAGCUUUGACAUUGUGGUUGCCGAUCCCCCUUACCUGUCUGAGGAAUGUCUCAGGAAGACAUCCCAAACGAUCCAGUUCCUGACUCAGGGCAAGGUUCUGCUGUGCACAGGAGCCAUCAUGGAAGAGCAGGCUGCUCAGCUCCUCGGUGUGAAGAUGUGUAAGUUUAUUCCAGAGCACUCCCGAAACCUGGCCAACGAGUUCCGCUGUUACACCAACUAUGAUUCUGGUCUGGACUAUGAAACCUAAAUUCACAUGGCAACAUGUGACAAUAAAGGACUCGGAGGAACACGUCCACUUCCCAGUUUACUCUCUUUCUGUUGACAUGUGACCUCCCCACUCUGCCCUGGACUGGAACUCUCCUGGCUUAAUUUUCAAACUAAAAUGUCUUACUGCUGUUUCAGUAAUGAAGCUGGGAUUCUUACAUGAACCAGGUCCGUGGACUUGAGUAGAGAGAAAUGUUAGAAGCUGUCUAAUUGUUCAGCACCUGUGAAAACAACAGGCCUCCUGAAUGGCACAGGACCUUGGCCUCUGCUAGAAGUUUCCAUAACAUGGGCAGCUUUUGCCUGCCCAGUGGACUGAGAGUGCUCUGGAAGCUUCUUAGAGACCUGACCUGCCUCCACGGAGCAGGUUGAUGAUCCAAGCAACCAGUGUUCCAGCUCCUCCCGCGUUCAACCUCCCUCUCAGCUCUGAGAGUCCUGAUGGAAUGUAGCCCUGCUGGCCCAGCAUGUGGCCCAGCUCAGCACCUCACUCCAGACUGGGAGAGGGGAUGGCAGUGCCAAGCCAGACUCCACAACCAAGCAACAGAGCUGGGGUCUGUGCUGGACCCUUGCUGUGAACAGCUAUUUACAUCCACCCAUACCCCAGAAGUCAAGAGACUACCACCAGCUGGAAGGUGGCACCUGUCUGUAAUCCCAGCACUAGGGAGGUUGGGGCAGGAGGGUUGUAAGUUUGGGGUCAGCCUGAGUCACUCUGUCUCCAAAUAAAACCAUGGAUAAGAAGAAUUUGAGAGAUCUUAAGGGGCAUCAUGCUGAGUGCAAAAGCCAGCUCCAAAGCCCACACUCGCUAUGUUUCCAGUCACAAUGUCUGAGAAUGGAGAACAGCAUAGUGGUGACAAGGAUCAGGAUGGGACAUGGCAAAGGAGGCUGAGUGUGGCCACAAAGGGCCAUUCUCUGUGGUACUGGGAUGUCCUGUCCUUUUCUGCGGUAGUUCACAGCUCUGCUUGUGAUCACAUUACAUGGUGCACGUGAAUCUGGCUGACUCCAAAUGGCAUCCAGGGACAGUCAUUGCCAUUUUCCUGGCUGUGACAUCACACACAGUUACCCAACAUGCUGCUUUCAGGGUGUUGGGUCUCAGGCCCCUCCGUAUGUUUAGAAUGAGCUCCAGCUGGGCUAUGGGAUUUCUGGUGGGCAGAUAAAAGCCAGCUACCUUGGGAACUUGUGAAAGUGGCUUUCCAUCCCCCAAAGGAGCCCUUGUCCCGGCUACUUGUCCUUAUAAUCCACAUGAUCUGUCCCUGCCCCCCCCCCCCGCCCCCCAGCUCUCACUACUCACCCUGCACUCUGGUCUCUGCUCUCCAGUUCUCUCACACUGCUCCGUCUCUUGCUCUCUCCACUGUUCUCUUCCACUUCCACAGCCCUGGCCAUGUCCAGUCUGCUUUCCUUUCUCUAUGCCUCUGGAUAUAGUCUCUCUCUUACCCACAGUAAAAACCUUUCCCCUAAUGGAGCGGUCAUAUUGGCAGUUUCUGUACCACACCCCUCACCCAUCACCAGAAACAUGUCAAGAGUAAGUACAUAAGGUCCCUCUGGUGGUUUGGUAACUUUUGAGACCUACAAUCAUGCCAAAAUUUAAAAAAAAAAAUCAACCUGUCUCUCUGGGAAAGGAUAAUUUGCUUUGACCAAAAGAAUGUCAGCUGGCCGCAUGUCACUUGUUCUAUCCCCCACCCUCACACUGCCCAGCAUUCUCUGGGUGGAAGUUGCUCUAGCAGCUAGCCCUUGACUUGGACAGCACCACAGCUGACCUUCAGGGGAGGAGAAAUGAGCCCGGGUGUUGGACACCUGUGUGGGCUAGUUUACGCCAUCAUGAGACAAGGUGUAGUCAUCUGAGAGGAGGGAGCCUCGAUUGAGAAAAUGCCUCCAGAAGACCAGGCUGCAGGCAAGCUGUAGGGCAUUUUCUUAAUUAGUGAUUGAUGGGGGAGGGCCCAGCCCAUGGUGGGUGGUGUCAUCCCUGGGCUGGUGGUCCUGGGUUCUAUAAGAAAGCAGGCUGAACAAACCAUGGGGAGCAAGCCAGUAAGCAGCACCCCUCCAUGGCCUCUGCAUCAGCUCCUGCCUCCAGGAUCCUGUCCUGUUUGAGUUCCUGUACUGACUUCUUUCAGUGAUGAACAUCGAUGGGAAAUGUAAGCCAGAUCAACCCUUUCCUCCAAGUUGCUUUUAGUCAUGGUGUUUCAUCUCGGCAAUAGGAACCCCAAGACAGCAUCUGAGGAGACAGACUUGCUGCUACAGGCGAAAUCCAGCCUGUCCUGGCCGACCCAGAGGCAGAGGCCAGGGACAGGAGUCCGUGCUCAGAGACCAGGAGAUCCUUAGACCUUGGCUGUCACAUUCCCAGAUGGCGUCACUCUAAGAAGUGCUGGUUUUCUGAGACACCUGGCACAUGCUGUUACAUUGUUUAAACUGUUCUUUAAACAAUAGCCCCUAUCUUAUUGUUUCCCUAUGAAUCAAUUUGCCCCAAAUUCCUUAGGCCAGAAACAAACAUGAAGUGACAUGGUAUGUGUAGAAAUGAAAUGUUCAGUUUAGGAACUGUGGACAGCUAACAGUGUAGAAAUCAGAAACGGAGCUGUCCUGUAAGCUGCAACUAUUCUAGGAAAGAGAUUGGGCGAAACCUAACCCAUCAGAAAUGAGGCCAUGAAGAUUGGGUUUUUUUCCCCCUUUGGUGCUGGAGAUUUAAGCCAGGGCCCAUGCAUGCAAGGCAAGCACUCUACCAGCUGAGCUACAUCCCCAGGCCUGUAACAGGCUCGUUAAGAAGCAGCCAACGUGCUUCAUGGCUUUGGGACUCUCGAUGUUGCUACAGUGGUGGUAAACCUGUGUUCAUACGUGACCGUUCUUUGAACCUCAUAAAGCCCUGCAGCUGUUUCUGCAGCUCUCAGAACACUCGUUGGGUGCAUUCCUGUCUAACCGGGAAGAGGUGCUUGGGCUAAAUUCAAGCAGGCUGGCCCAGCAGGCAUCUCUCUCCUCUCCCUCUGCCCGCAUCACAACAGUAGACAGACCAAGCAUCGUGGAUGCUCAGAGCAAUAAACCUUCACAAUUUAUAUAUGAUUUGAACUCAAAAGUGUCCCCCACAGGCUCAUGUGUUUGAACACUUGGUCCCCAGCUGGUGGCGCUGUUUGGGAGGUUGUGGAUCUUGCAUCCUAGCUAGCAUCAGUGAGUCACUAGGAAAAGCCGGGAAAGAGAUGGCUACAUAGAGCUCUCUCAUCCUGUCUGUCAGGGGAUGUGCCUGCGAGCUCUCCUGGCUGUGAUGGACUGUACCCUUUUGACGUAUGAGCCACACUGUCACAUGGAUGAGGAAAGUAAUACACUGGUCAAAGGACUUCAGAAGUUGUUCAGAACCUCCUACUACUCAUCCUUGGGAGCCCUUCCUAGUAAGAAGAUCUGCGCCCACUGUGACCAACCCUGGCAGGGAGGGAGACCCUGGCCUUUGCGGUUUUGCUCACAGAAUCUAAAUGUUCCUUGUGGGAUGCCGACUGGGUGUUGAAGGGAUGAGGAGCCCACUGCAAGAGCAAAUGAGAGACAUGGGGACGUUAAACAAGUCCCUUGUUCUAUCCCCUUCACUUCUAAAGUCAGACCCGGAGCCAGUCACUAAGAAACAACAUAUGGUUGUGUCGUGUUGUGUUUUUCCUUUGCAUUGAUGAGAAAAUAAACUAAGAAGUGUAGGUAAUUGGCCCCUGAACAUGGAUUGCUGGUAUUGGCUCAAAGUCGGUUGGUCGCACUACGUUGUUAGGAGACAGUGUGUCUUGGUGAUUGUCAACUAGACACACUUCCUCUCUUUCUCGCCAUGAAGUGUGCACACCUCUGCUUUCCCUCUUUCCCUCCCUUUCUCUUCCUCUCUCCCUCUCUCUCUGUCUCUCCAUCAUAAUAAACUCUCCACAUGGA